AUGGCAACCAUAGCGGAGUUGCAGCAGGCGAUACGUGAUGAGAAGGAGAAACAUGAGCAAGCAAUGGAAGAGUUACGGUCCCAGCGUGAGUCACUUGCGUCCGUAGUCGCGGAGCAGCAACAGUACACACAGGAUAUUAUCAUGCGUGUGUCUGAGCUUCGUGGGCGGAAGAGUCAACAAAUGCUGGCUGGUAAUGCCGCACCUAACUUUGCGGAGAUUGACACCGGUUGCAAAGCUGUGGAUGACAUUCUUUACUCCAUUGAGGAGGGACUUGAAACUUCUACAGGCAAAAGCAGCGUUGUUUUGGGGAAGAUUUUGGCGGCCGCGGUACAAGCUGUUGUUCCUGGUGGCGACAAGAAACCCUCCACGUUAAGCUCGAGUAGCUCCGCGACACGGACGACAGAUGUUGUUGUUAUCAGCCGCAACGAGAUACGGGGAACACACGAGUGGGUAAAGAAGCACUGCAAGAAGUGCACCGCUUGCGGAGAAUUGAAUGGGAGGCCGAGGCCGUGGGAGCCACCAAAGAAAACAGACAAGGGCAAGUCCAUUAAGGGUAAUGCCUCUGCGCCGAACCUGCGUUGCAUUCCCGGAAAGAACUUUCGUUCCCUAUCGCUGUGCUUCCGUAGGGAGCCGUGUAGUGGGACAGUUCUGGAACUUAUGAGGAUUUCCGCUGUGGUUAAUGUUCAGGGUCAAAGCGGUGAGCAGAUAACCAACCCGAGAGAGGUCGCCGCAAAAAUAACCGCCCUUGUGGUGGAGUGGGUUCGGAAGGAGAUGGAGAACGCAAGGGAGGCGGCCAAGAAAGCUCCGUGGUGCGAAGAUGGUGAGGACGGCCAGAAGUUUGCAGUCGCCGUGGAAAUGCUGCUACACAACAUUGACACACGUGUCGAGGUUUUCGUGAUUCCACCGAAAAACGGAGGCAACGUUGGGGGAAGCAACCAUGUUCCCAUGAAGAUCAACGUUUUUGUCGUCUCACCACUGUUCCUCUCCACGUUGCAACCGUUUGUGGAACUGUGGGGAAAUGAGCGGGACCGUGAAUAUAUGCUUCAGGGUCUCAUCAAGCCGGCUAUUAAACGCAUCGCCAAACUAUUUGGAGUGGAUGGUGUAGUUGACCAUGGUAUCACCGUCGGUCUCAAGGCUGUAGACGCCCUUGUGAGAAUGACAAAAGGGAAGCACUUCUUUGAACCUACAUCCCCGGUUAAGAGCAAAUCGGGCCGCCCUUCGGCAUCCCAACCGGAGCAGCUAAUCGGCUUUAUGCAUUCCGUCAUUCUUGCAAUGUCCCUUCUGGGGACGCGCAUUGAGCUAGAGUGCGCUGUUCCUGACCUUGGCGAUCUGAAGGAUUUGGAGGACGCGAAGCGGAGCGCAUUCAACAUUGCAAAAGCCUUUUUGCAACGCCUUCUUCCCCCACGGCAAGAUGUUGCCGUUUCGUUAACCGAUCCAGCAGCGGCAGAUGCUGUGCUUUGGCUACGGCGUAUGCCAACACGGAUGCUUGAGGUGCUUAACAAUGCCUUCAGCAGCAACAGCCGACUGCCCUCGUCUCUGCGCACGGGCGUUAUCGAUCACCUUGCUUCACCACGGCUGAAGAUUAACUACGCUCUCAAAAACUUCUCUGAGAUAGUCAUUGACAUCUUCCGUCCGUACGCGCCAAAUAGUGGCAUGAUGACUGUGGAAGAGAAGCACAAGGGCGAGAAGGCGCGAAUUGGUGCAUGCGCUCCCGUUGUCGACAUUCCCCGCGACAUUGUCCGUGCCAGUGCAGAAGCUGCUGCGUGGGCGAAGGAUAUGCAGCAAGAGCUACUCAAACGGGAGGCCGCCGGUGUGAAUACCAAAGAGGGCGAAGACGCCGUGAACGUUGUAUUGGAAAGGACGAAAGGGGACGAGAUCAUGGCCAACUUUCUGAAGGAAAUGCAAGACCUCCGUUUGGAGGUUGUGGAACUCUUGGAAUUCGGGUGUGACGUCUGCUUGCCCUUCGGUGUUGCCAUGCAGAACGGGACCACGCAGCCAAGUGAAAUUAUCUACGCGCGAGUUGAAGGUGUUCGCAACGCGUAA